GCGCACGCACACACACACACACGUGCUGCCGGAGCGCUAUAGACAGAGAGAGCUAGAGAGGGAGGAAGAGAGCUGCAGUGAGCCAGGCGGUGUGAGGAGGGAAAUAGACACAGAUGAGUGCAUGCUGACUGACUGGAAGUCCUGCUAGUGGUCUCUCUCUCUCUCUGGGACUAUUGACUAGUGACAGCACCGCUGGCUCAGCCCUGGAGAAUUAGCUGUCUGUCAGCCAUAGUUACAAACAGGUUGAAAAGAUGGAAAGAGAACUACCAGGGACUUUAAAUGACUUUUCCUCAACCCUUUGACUUCUCUCUAAGGAUCCUCCUGUCUGCAGUUUUACAGCACGACUGAACUUGAGCAAGUUUGCAGGAUCGCUGAUCGUUGAGGCUGUGGCCAUGCAACCUGCUAUGUCUUUGGGAUUUAAUGCAUUUAGCACUCUGGAGAUGUCGAAUGGAUAAUUGUUUCUGAGUCUGAGUUUUUUAAAUACAUUUCUUAAUUUGAAUGUGGAGGGUCACUAGUGAUCCUCUAAAUGCCUCUCUCGCCAUUGGCAUUGGCUUCCCUCUUGAUUGACGUGUGACAGUCACUGCCAGAACCUGAAUAAACAAUAGCAAACUGACAACUAACGCCCGAGGACAUUUGGACAACGUUGAGGAUUUGAUCUCUUUCGGGGGCGAUUUCCUCGCGCCCCUUUGACUCCCGCCUUAUCGGCGUCUGCUUUCUUUUCCUCCUUUCCCUUUUUUUCCCCCUGUCUUUCGGUGUCGAAAGGGGAAACUUUGCCUCCCUGCUCUCGCUCUGAACAUGGCUUUCCUUGUCCGUUGCUAUGCCAACUGCUUGCAGCCGUGGUCCUCCAAACUUCCCGGAGACCUCAACAAGAUGCACCUUACAGACCACCCCCACAGCCAGGGGAUGCACGUGCCGCCCAGCCAAUCAGGAUGCAGCAUCGCCAGUGAUUCGGGCAGCAGUAGCCUAUCAGACAUCUACCAGGCCACGGAGAGCGAGAUGGGUGACGUGGACCUGUCUGGGCUCCCGGAGGCGGCGGUGGACUCUGAGGAGGAGGAGGAGGAUGAAGACCUGGAGAGGACGUCGGACACCCUAUUGGGUAGAGACCUUGUCCGGGAGUGUCUGGAGAAGGACCCCGUGGACCGCAACGAUGACGACAUCGAACAACUGUUGGAGUUCAUGCACCAGCUGCCAGCCUUUGCCAACAUGACCAUGUCAGUCCGGAGGGACCUGUGUACUGUCAUGGUGUUUGAGGUGGUGGAGCAGGCGGGGACCACGAUCCUGAAGGACAAACAGGAGCUGGACCUGUGGUAUGUGAUCCUGAACGGGGCGGUGGAGAUCAGCCACCCAGACAGCCGCAUGGAGACCCUCUGCAUGGGAAACAGCUUCGGCAUCUCCCCCUCCCUGGACAAGCAGUACAUGAGCGGAGUGGUGAGCACCAAGGGGGACGACUGCCAGUUUGUGUGCAUCGCCCAAGAGGACUACUGGCGGAUCCUCAACCACGUGGAGAAGAACACGCACAAGGUGGAGGAGGAGGGAGAGAUCGUGAUGGUGAAGGAACAUCGCGAGCUGGACCGCAGCGGCACCAGGAAGGGACACAUCGUCAUCAAGGGCACCCCAGAGCGUUUGAUAUUGCACCUGGUGGAGGAGCCAUCGGUGGUUGACCCCACCUACAUCGAAGACUUCCUCCUCACCUACCGCACCUUCCUCUCCAGCCCCAUGGAGGUCGGCAAGAAGCUGCUCGAGUGGUUCAAAGUCGACAGCCUCAGAGACACGGUGACACGCAUAGUGUUGUUAUGGGUGAACAACCAUUUCAACGACUUUGAAGGUGACCCAGCCAUGACAAGAUUCCUUGAAGACUUUGAGAAGCUGCUGGAAACCACAAAAAUGAAGGGUCACCUGAGGCUACUGAACAUAGCGUGUGCAGCCAAGGCCAAGUGGAGGCAGAUCACCCUGCAGAAACCGUCCAGAGAGUCCCCGCUCUACUUCAGCCUGCAUGGCGGCAGCGAGAGGGGCUUCGGCAUCUUCGUGGAGUUGGUGGAGGGGGGCAGCAAGGCCGCGGAGGCUGGACUCAAACGGGGAGACCAGAUAAUGGAGAUCAAUGGUCAGAACUUUGAGAACAUCUCCUACGUCAAAGCUAUGGACUUCCUGAGGAACAACACACACCUCUCCAUCACAGUCAAGACCAACAUCUUCGUGUUCAAAGAGCUGCUGAGCCGGAUCGUUCACGAGAAGAAGAAUGGCGUUCCGCACAUCCCCAAGAUCCAGGAGAAGAAGGGCAACCGCUUCUCCAUCCCUGACCUGCCUGGAGACAUGGAGUUCCCCACAGACCACAAGGCCACCAAGAAGAUGAAGGCCAACACCGUUUCUGGGGGACGGAACAAGAUCAGGAAGAUGCUCGAGAAGACCCGCUUCAGCAUCCUACCACCUAAACCCUUCAGUGAUGGUGGCGUGGGCCAGUCUCAGGAUGACAGCAUCGUGGGCACGAAACAGUGCAGGCACAGCGUGGCCAUCAUGCCCAUCCCUGGCAGCCUCUCAUCCAGCAGCCCUGACCUGCUGCAGCCAGCCACUAAUGUGUUGGACUUCUCCAAUCCAGCAGCCGUGAGCUUCUACUACAUUCCAGACCAGGUGAUCCGGGUGUUCAAGGCUGACCAGCAGAGCUGUUACAUCAUCAUCAGCAAGGACACCACGGCCAAGGAUGUGGUCAGUCACGUGGUCAACGAGUUUGGCCUGAGCGCGGCCCCGGAGAACUACUCCCUCUGUGAGGUGUCGGUCAGUCCCGAGGGCGUCAUCAAGCAACGCAGGCUACCUGACCAGCUCUCCAAGCUGGCUGACCGCAUCCAGCUAAACGGCAGGUACUACCUGAAGAACAACAUGGAUACGGAGACGUUGUGUUCAGACGAUGACGCCCAGGAGCUGCUGAAGGAGAGUCACAUCACCCUGCUCCAGCUCAGCACCGUGGAGGUGGCCGCCCAGCUCUCCAUGAGGGACUUUGAGCUGUUCCGUAACAUCGAGUCCACCGAGUACGUGGACGACCUCUUCAAGCUGUUGGACUCCUCGGGGGGAGUCCAACAGACACGCCUCAAGCAGUUUGAGGAGGUCAUCAACCAGGAGACCUUCUGGGUCGCCACGGAGAUCCUGAGGGAGCCCAAUGCCAUGAAAAGGAUGAAGACCAUCAAACACUUCAUCAAGAUCGCUCUGAACUGUAGAGAGUGCAAGAACUUCAACUCCAUGUUCGCCAUCAUCAGUGGUCUGAAUCUGGCUCCAAUAGCUCGUCUCAGGUCGUCGUGGGAGAAGCUGCCCAGUAAGUACGACAAACUGUUCCGCGAACUGCAGGACAUCUUCGACCCGUCCAGGAACAUGGCCAAGUACCGCAACGUCCUGAGCAGCCAGAGCAUGCAGCCGCCCAUUAUCCCCCUGUUCCCCGUCGUCAAGAAGGACCUCACCUUCCUACAUGAAGGUAAUGACUCUAAAGUAGACGGUCUGGUGAACUUUGAGAAGCUGAGGAUGAUCGCCAAGGAGAUCCGUCAUGUUGUCCGUAUGACCUCAGCCAACAUGGACCCAGCUCUUAUGUUCCGACAGAGGAAGAAGAGGUGGAAGAGUUUAGGGUCUCUGAGUCAGGGCAGCACCAACUCCAACAUGUUGGACGUGCAGGGCGGGGCCCACAAGAAGCGCGUGCGUCGCAGCUCGCUGCUCAACGCUAAGAAGCUGUACGAGGACGCUCAGAUGGCCCGUAAGGUCAAGCAGUACCUGUCCAACCUGGCGGUGGAGACGGACGAGGAGAAACACCAGAUUAUGUCUCUACAGUGUGAGCCUGUUUACAGCACAUUGUCCAAGAACCUGAGCGAGCGACGGUCCACCAAGUCGGACAUAUCUCCUGUGUCGCUGCGCUCGGCGCUGCCCGGGGGGAAGGCCCAGAACCGCGUGUCCCAGGUGCUACAGAUCCAGGUACCCCUCUACCCGCAACGGAAGAAGAGCACCGCCAAGGACAUUCACGCCGCACACAACUCCAGCUCUCCCCUUGUGAUAAAGAAGCCUCCCAGCUCCCAGCUCAGCCAAUCAGAGGACAGUCCCUGGAGUGGGAAGAGGUCUGCUGAAGACAACGUGUCCAUCGUGUCCUCCCUGCACUCCAGCCCCACCAUCUCGCCACAGGGCUCCCCGCGCAAAGUGGGUGGCAUGGCCAAGCCCCAGCAUAACUCCAACAGCCAGAUGAACAUGUCUGGCUCGUCGUCCUCUCUGACCAGCGAGGCCAGCACCAAGGCAGGCACGGCGGGCACCCGCAGCUACGGCAUAGGCUAUGCCCUGAUGCCUGCAGUGAAAUCCGACAACCUGUCCGACUCCAGCCACAGUGAGAUCUCGUCCCGCUCCAGCAUCGUCAGUAACUGCUCUGUGGACUCAAUGCCUGCUGGCCCUGCAGAGGAGCGCCAAGGCACCAAGAUCAGGGACACCACUGAGACCCCAAGCACCACCACGCAGCUCACACACACCGACUCUGACUGCAGCCAGCCCAGCACCAGUUUGUUGGCGCGGGGCCAGGUGAUGCGGGGUUCCACCUUCACCUCCUCCACCUCCACAGAGGAGCUGACUCCCGACCACGUCUCCCUGGACAGUGUGGCCGACAGCGGGCGGGGCAGCUGGACCUCCUGCUCCUCCAACUCCCAUGACAGCUUUCAGAGCUUGCCUGUCCCCCUGCUGGGCCGACCCCUCACCUGGGACCACCUAGUGCCUGGGGGCUUCCGCCACACCCAGCUAGCAGGGCCUAUAGUGGAGGUUGAGGCUGGGCCGGCCUGGGUUGGGGUAGCGGGAGGACCGGGGGCGGGGUCCGGGGGAGGAGAGGAUGCCAAGAGGCUCUCCAGAGACAGUUCCGAGCUAAACCAAUCACGGCAGAGCUGGGCCUCAUCCUCCUCGCUGUCGGACACCUACGAGGGGAACUACGGCACCAUCAAACGCCGCACUGCCGAAGGCGUCUCCGCCGCCCCUGGGGAGGGCCCUGACGCACCCCAAAGCACAGAUCCCAUCUACAAAAUGGUCACCUCAAGCACAGAGAAAGGCCUCAUAGUGUACUGUGUAACCUCCCCCACCAAGGACGAUAGGUACAGGGGGCCUCCCCCCACCCCUCCGGGAUACCAGGGCCUCACCCUGGUCGAUGGACAGGAUGGAGCUCCCCUGCGACCGCCCCACUUGCGGCCGCCUGACUAUAGUGUGGCCCUGCAGAGGUCUAAGCUGCUACAGAGCCCCGGAGGCCUGGUGGAGGCCCGGAGACUGGGGGUGAACCUCCUCCACCACGAAUCCCAGGGCCAGUCCCGGCCGGCCAGCGUCUGCCUACAGGGCCUAGGGGAUAGUGAGGAUGGUACGUGGAGAACGACAGAGACCAGCCCCAGCCAAGAUGAGCAGGUGUCCGCGGUGUAGAGCUGGCUGGACGCCUGGACGGACACUGCAGGGCCGUUGGAGAGGGGGGGGAGGGGUGGUCUAAGCUACAGCAGCUUCCUUGCUGCCUCUCCUCUGGGUUCACGCCCCUCUCUAGGCCCUCGGCCGACAGCUGCUCAAUGCUAAACCAACGACGCCCCACAGAACUUGUACAAUCAUCUGUUUUACUCCAUUUUAAAAUUGGUUUAGAAGCUCCCACGUUUUUAGACUCCCACACCCCUGAAACAUAACUGUAUACAGACUGAGAUGUGGUGUGACGUCACGGCAUAUGGCUCAGGCGUUUGGAGACGCUGGGCUGAGGAUGAAGAAGGGAUGGACGAUGCCCGCUGAUGUGUUUUUAACAGUACCUCCGUUUGCUUUUGUGCUCUCUUGUCCCAGGUGUUUUAAAGGAGUUUUUCCUCAGUCGUAGCUUGAAAGUGUUUUUUUGUUGGGGUUUUUUUGCCGUUUGCUUGAAGCUCUCAGUUUUAAAUGGCAUGCGAACACAAGUAAUAUGACAAUAUCCAGGAAGGGAGAAAAUCUGAACAAUCGUUUUUCUUCUCGUUAGUUGAUGAGGCAGAAAUCAAGCAGGCUGCAGAAACUCUCCAUAAAUAUUUUUAUUGUGAGGGCAGUGAGUGAGUGAGGGCAGUGAGUGAGUGAGGGCAGUGAGUGAGUGAGGGCAGUGAGUGAGUGAGUGAGUGAGUGAGUGAGGGCAGUGAGUGAGUGAGGGCGAGUGAGUGAGGGGAAGUGAGGUGAGUGGGGGGAAGUGAGGUGAGUACGCGUCUCAUGCCAUUGUGUAUGAGGCACCCUCAUCCAUUGAGGCUCUCUCUCUUGUUAACUCUUGUUGUCUCUUGUGAACCUACAGUAACAUGAGGUACUUUAGUGUCAUGCUGCCACGUCUAUGUUUAAUAUAUGGUUUAAUAAGUUUUUAAUGAGUUGACGAACAAAAAGGCUCACUGCUGUAAAAUAGCACAACAUGUUGUUACUUUAUUGCAGUACAGUAAAACAAUGUAUUAGCACUGUACAAACAUUAGAGUUGGCAAGCGUUAAAUGCUAGGCAUGCAGCCAAAAGCCCAAGUUGUUUACAAAGAUGCUUACAAACUUGUUUACAGUGUUUGUUUGUUUGUUAGACUAACAGUCGUCUAUUAAAUUACAGGCUAAAAUGUAAAAAAAACAUGAUGAUUUCAGGUUAAUUUCAUAUGUAAAGUCUUUUUGUAUGCGAUAGGAAUAUGUGGAUGCAGCAUAAACAACACAUUUUGUGUGUUUUGUUUUAAUGUACCUCUUCCAUCUUGGCUAUUAAGUGUGUGAUUUAUCCCAUUCUUGUUUAAUAGUCAGGGCAACAAAAGAAAAAGCAAUGCUUGUCAAGGCAAAAUGUAUUUAAACGCCAGGUUUGCAAUGCAUCUACAUUCCUUGUUCAAAAUAUAGCUACACUUUGAAAAAGAGUACAUUUUGUAGAGUAUUUUAAAGAAUUUGCUUUAAUUGUUUGUUCUUAUUGCAAGCGAAGGCUAAUUAUUUGUACAGUCUGAACAGGUUUUACCCUCUAGGGUUGAGGGUUAAACUGCAGAAUGGUAUUGUAAUUAUGGAUAUAACUGGAGUAUCUCAUUGAGAUCCUUUUCUUUGGCUGUUUGUACGUGAUGCUUGUUUCCAUUUUUUUUGCCGUACAAAGACUUGAAAAUAUUAAUGGCGAUAUAUACAGUGCGUAUAUAAAUGUAUACAUAUAUUUUUUUUGUUUGUCAUAAAUGAAUGUUACUGAUCAUGUAUAGAUGAAAAGAGAGUCCUCUAUAAAGACUAUUUUUAAUAUUUUGUUAUAAUAAAAUCCAAUAUUGUGAUUCCCCCUUUUCUGUCAUUGGGCAGGAAUCUUUUAAGGAUUUCUUUUCUCUCUCUCUUUGUUUUGCAGCCAUCUGUACAUAUCUAUAUGCUGCUUUGUUUUUGAUUUGACUCCUUCUGAUAUGUUGUUGUAUAGGUGUUAUUGUAUGUAUUGACUCUGCCGCCCUCACCAGGUUCAUUGCAAUCACUGCCUAAUUGCCUCACACACCUCGGCUGCAUCCCAAAUGGCACCCUAUUCCUUAUAUAGUACACUACUUUUGACCAGAGCCCGGGGCUCUAGUGCACUACUUUGACCAGAGCCUAGGGCUGUAGUGCACUACUUUUGACACAAAAGGAGUGCACUAUGUAGGGAACAUAGAGUGCCAUUUCAGAUGCAACCCUCCUGACUGAGGGCUUCUGGGUAAUUUUGGACAGGCAUGUUCCCUAUGGCGCGCAGAUGGACCCAGGUCCAUCACUGGCUGUGGCCUAGUUGCCUUCUGCGCUGAGAGUUGCCCUGAACAUGCCCUAAGCCCCUGCCACCUGCCCCUAACUAGCCCCCACACUGAGCAGGGUCACUUUCUGGAGGGGACAACAUUCAGUUUCUCAGAUAGAAAUGUCAGGUGCAGAGCUGUUCAGUAUUCCCUUGUCUACAUGAUAAAGAAGCAUGUCUGUUCUACAUAAUAUAUUUCUAUCUGGGGGUUCUGUGAUGUUGCAACCAGGAGCAGAGCUUUGUUCAGUGUCUGCUGCUUUCACACAAGUGUGGCAACAUCCUCUCUUCCUCAGCACUGAAAUCCCUACCCAUGAUCUACAGGGCUGGAGGGUUCUAUCAUAGAAUUAGAAUGAUAUUGAAUGGUUCUAUUCCACUCACCUUUGCACAUUCCUCCUCAGAAUCCUAUAUACAAUACAGCACCUACUGUAGUAUCAUUGUUCACCAUCACCUUUGAAGAGAAAUCAGAAAAAUAGAUAUACAUCUACACUGAGUAUACCCAGCAUUAGGAACACCUUCCUAAAAUAGCCCCCCUCAUGAUGGACUCUACAAGGUGUCGAAAGCGUUCCACAGGGAUGCUGGCCCAUGUUGACUCCAAUGCUUCCCACAAGUUGUCUGGAUGUCCUCUGGGUGGUGGACCAUUCUUGAUACACACAGGGAACUGUUGAGCGUGAAAAACUCAGCAGCGUUGCCGUUCUUGACAAAAACCGGUGGCACCUACUGCCAUACCCCAUUCGAAGGCACUUAAAGCACACAUACACAAGCCAUGUCUCAAAGCGUAAAAAUCCUUUCACCUGUCUCCUUCCCUUCAUCUACACUGAUUAAAAUGGAUUUAAAAAGUGAUAUCAACAAAGGGAUCAUACCUUUCACCUGGAUUCACCUGUUCAGUCUAUGUCAUGGAAGGACCAGGUGUUGUUAAUGUUUUGUAUACUCGGUGUAAAUGGGAAUAUUCCCUCGUAUUUUAAAUAAGUUGCCUUAUUUAAGUGUACAGCUGUAGAGCUGUGUAAAUGUCAAGACAUUUGCUUUACCGUAGACUAGAGAAGUCAUCCGUUUCGUCGAUGGAUGAUGAUAUUGUUCUGACUUGUGUUUUCCCUCUGACUGUGUGGCUUGCCUCUGCAUGGCCCGGCUCACUGUGCUCCUCUCUCUGCCCUUCAGGUCAGCUGGUCAUAUUGAUCAGGGAACACUUUAUUGAUUGAUUGCCAAACCCUACCAAUCCUCUGUUUACCCACUACUAGACUGAAUAAAUAGCAUGCCGUGCACACUGGGAAAACUAAAACACCCCCUUGCAGUCAAUUAGAACAGUUUUGCUUUGAAACGGCGCCUUCUCAAUCAGUACGUUCAGUUUCCCUGUGUCGAGAUUCGAUUGGCUGAUCACCAUUGCCGACGGUACUCAGUCCAAGGACUUUAUACCGGAAUGAUAUUUUCCCUACAUGCAGUUGAAUCCACUCCAAUUAUAUUAUAACAGUUGUUAUCAUAACAGUUUUUGGGGCUAAAGCCAAUCCCACUCCAGAUAGAUCUGUAAUGGAACACACGGAUAGAAGCGAUUAUGUCACGUUAGUAGGAAUUUAUCCAAAAGCUAAUUCCUGUAAGGUUGCCCCUGACAACACUGUGGCUUUCUCCGUAGGCAUUAUUAAAUAAACCGCUCGCUAACCGCUGGCUUCUGGUUCUGUCAUAUUACCUGGAAUGCAAUAAGUGAGAUGUGAAAUGAUGUUAUGUAACUCAAAACAUAUAGGCAUUUAGCAGAACUGCACAAUUGUAAUCUUGACUGUAGCGAUUGUACUGCACAGUGUCGGUUACAAAAGGUAUUAUUUGGUCUGUGGCUUACUUUGGUUGACACUUUUCAUAGCUGUUGUAACUUAUGUCUUUUAGAAAGACAAUUAUUUGCUUGUAUGCUUUUUUGUAUUUUUACCUGUGAUUGUAAAUACUUAUUCUAUUUUUGUUUAAGAGAAUGUUUAAAAGCAAAAGUUAAUUUUAUUUCUCCAAGUCUACUGAUAUGAAUUUGGACAAUAAUAAACUGUUAAACGUU